AUGGGGAAGGGAGACCCUGUGUGCCGACUGCAAGGCUCAGCACAACCGCCUGAACUGGCUCAAGAUGGUGACCUUGUUAUUGGAGGCAUUUUUUCAUUUCGCACAAGGCAGGAUUAUGUAAUUAACACAUUUCAGACAAUUCCUGAAGUGCGGAAAUGCAAAAACUUCAAUUUUAGAGAAUUCAAAUUUGCUCAAGCAGUGAUAUUUGCUAUAAAUCAGAUCAACAAAAAUCCUGAUUUGCUCCCUAAUGUUAAACUUGGAUACAAUAUCUAUAAUAACUGUGGAACUAUGGACAUACUGAGAGCUGCCCUGGCACUGGUGAGCGGAUUAAAGAAAGAAGUGGAUGACGACAAGAACUGCACCAGAACUGAGACAGUGCAAGCUAUCUUAGGACAUUCAGGAUCAACACCAACUAUUGCAUUUGCAAAAGUGGUUGGAAGGUUCCAUAUACCUGUGAUCAGCCACUUUGCCACCUGUGCCUGUCUGAGCAACAGGAACGAGUACCCUACUUUCUUCCGAACUAUUCCCAGUGACCUCUACCAGAGCAGAGCACUGGCAAAGCUGGUCAAGCACUUUGGUUGGACCUGGAUUGGGGCGCUAGCUGUGGAUAAUGAAUAUGGCCUGAAUGGCAUAGCUAUAUUUAAUCAAGCUGCACAGGAAUAUGGAGUGUGCAUCGAGUACUCUGAAGCAUUUUCAUCAUCGGGACCACCUGAUAGCCUGAAGAGAGUGAUAGAGAUCAUUAAGCACGCCACUUCCAAAGUGAUUAUGGCUUUUAUGUCCCACAGAGAAGUUAAUUUGCUGGCAACUGAGUUGUACCGACAGAACAUUACAGGACUGCAGUGGGUUGGCAGUGACGCCUGGAUCACAGAUCACUCUCUGACGGACAGUGAGGGUCACAGCAUCCUUGUGGGCUCACUGGGCUUCGUUGUCAGCAAAGCUCAGAUCCCGGGGCUGGAGGAGCACCUGAGGCAGCUCCACCCCUCACAGUUUCCUCACAGUCAGUUUGUCAGAGAUUUCUGGGAAGACGUGUUCAACUGCACUCUGAACGACACUGCAAACACACAAAGAAAACCAUGCAGCGGUUUUGAGAGCUUGCAGAAUGUGGAAUCCUAUUUUACAGAUGUUUCUGAGCUGAGAUUCACUAAUAAUGUAUACAAGUCAGUUUACGCAGUGGCUCAUGCUCUCCACAACCUGAUUAAAUGUGAGGAGGGUAAAGGGCCUUUUUUGAAUGGGAGCUGUGCCGAUCCCAAACACGUUCAACCAUGGCAGGUCUUGCAAUAUCUCAACACUGUGAAUUUCACCACUGAGGAAGGGGAACAAGUUUAUUUUGACAGUAAUGGAGACUCGCCAGCAAUAUAUGAAGUUGUUAAUUUACAAUUGACAAACAAAGGAACCAUAGAAGGAGUAACAGUUGGCAUUUAUGAUGCUUCUCUUCGAGAGAGUCAUCAGUUUGUCAUGAAUAACAUCCCCGUUGUCUGGGGAAAUGGUCUUGAGAAGGUUCCUGUGUCAGUGUGCAGUGAGAGCUGUCUCCCAGGAACUCGUAAGGUCCUUCAGAAGGGAAAGCCAGUCUGCUGUUAUAAUUGCGUACCCUGUCCAGAAGGCGAGAUCAGUAAUUCAACAGAGUACUGGUCCAACAAGCAGGGAGAUGCCUGCAUCCACAAAGCAAUAGAAUUUUUAGCUUAUGAUGAAAUCCUGGGAAUAUUGUUAUCCUCAAUCUCACUGCUGGGAGUAUUUCUAACGAUGAUCACUAUGCUAGUCUUGUACGGCCACAAAGAAACCCCUCUGGUACGAGCCAACAACUCUGAGCUGAGCUUCCUGCUGCUCUUCUCCUUGACUCUGUGUUUCCUGUGUUCUCUGACCUUCAUCGGCCGGCCCUCUGAGUGGUCCUGCAUGCUGCGACACACAGCAUUCGGCAUCACUUUUGUCCUCUGUAUCUCUUGUGUUCUGGGGAAAACUAUAGUGGUGUUGAUGGCCUUCAGGGCCACACUUCCAGGUAGUAAUGUGAUGAAAUGGUUCGGGCCUGCACAGCAGAGGCUCAGCGUCCUGGGUUUCACUCUGAUACAGGUUUUAAUCUGCAUACUUUGGCUGACAAUCAACCCUCCUUUUCCUAGGAAUAAUUUGUUGCUCUAUAAGGACAGAAUCAUCUUAGAGUGCGAUCUUGGCUCAGCUGUAGGGUUCUGGGCCGUGUUAGGAUAUAUAGGACUUCUAGCUUUAUUAUGUUUUAUCCUCGCUUUUUUGUCUCGAAAGCUGCCAGAUCAUUUCAAUGAAGCUAAAUUAAUCACCUUCAGCAUGUUGAUAUUCUGUGCAGUCUGGAUCACCUUCAUCCCUGCGUAUGUCAGCUCUCCUGGGAAGUUCACUGUAGCUGUGGAGAUAUUUGCUAUUCUGGCCUCAAGUUAUGGACUUCUUUUCUGCAUUUUUCUGCCAAAAUGUUACAUAAUUUUGUUCAGGCCUGAGCAGAACACUAAGAAACACAUAAUGGGAGGGAAAACUAAUAAUGAUAUACUUUAUUAA